UCCUGGCUGUCCUAGAAUUCACCCUGUAGACCAGGCUGGCCUCAAACUCACAGAGAUCCACCUGCCUCUGCCUCCUGAGUGCUGGAAUCACACCCAGCGGCAGUGCACUUUUAUUGGCAAGAGGUCAUGAAAACAAUUAAGAUUCUUUGACCUAGGAAGAGAGGAGUAUCACUCUGGGGAGAGAUUGACACACCCCUCCAGUUACUGUGGGCCCUUCUAGGCCCUGGGACAUCUGUCCAUGCUGAGAGUGAGGCAAAGAAGAAAACACUCAACUGACUGCUUGGUACACACCAGGAUGCAGGGAACGUUCAAGAACUGUGGGGAAGGUGAACAGGUUCAGAAGAGCCCUUCACUCUCUGUUCUGAGAAGUCACGCAACCGUUGCCAGACUCAAGAUGAAGGGAGGCGGCUUUGGGGUGAAGAUAAAGCCUGGUCCUCCUACACGAAUUCAGAAGCAGAGAAACACGCCAGGGACACCCUAUGCUCCUUCAGACUGGGUCCCUUCAGAUGCUUCAUGCACGGGAGCGAUCUCCACACCUGCCAGCAGCCCUCUUUCUGCUCUCCCUCCUUCUUUCUGUUCUGUCCUGGUGGGCAGGAGUGAAGAGGGCUGCGCAGGACACAGCCCCUCCCUGUUUCCCAGACUGCACCUGGAGCACCAACGGAGCAGCACAUGCAGCCUCCCUUCACCCACCCUGGCAGCUGUUGGCCCUGGUAGAGCCGGUCUCCACAGGGCUUCCUUUCUGCCUCCUGUGGCAGAUGUUGCCACGCUGCUGCCAAGGCCUACCGGUUCUGGCUCCCUGAUCCUUCGGACACUGGUAUGUCCGGGCACUACAUGUAUGUCUUGUGCCCUUGGUGGCCAGAAUUGGGUGUCAGAGACCUAUGAAAUAAAGUUGCAGACAAUUAUGAGCCACCAUGUGGUUGUUGGAAAUCAGACCUGGGUCCUCUGGAAGAUAAGACAGUCCUUUUAACCACUGAACCAUCACUCUACGUCUUGGUUUAUUUUUAUUUUCUUUAU